AUGCCCCACUCCUCCCCCGCAGACCCCUCCCCCUCCCCCUCCUCAGACUCAAAGUCCCUCACCCCCCAGCGCAAGCAUCGAAAGAUGCUCAAGGACGGCACCAGCGAGGUCUGGCCAGAGUCCGUCGAGAAAAUUUUCGUUCAAGGCCUCCGCCAGUACUGGGACUCCCCCUGGGCAACCUACUCCCGCGGCCGCAGCCGCUGGCGCAAUCAGUUCCUCGUCGACUUUCUCGCCUCCAACGGCAUACAGCGCACAAAGAAGCAGGUCGCGAGCCACAUACAGGUCCUGCGCAACAUGUGGAAGGGCGAGCCAGAAUAUCAGCUCGUCGCUGGCGGCGAGGAACUUUUCCAGGAGAACGGUCUCCUGGCGCCCGCCAAUUUGAAGGAGCGCAGCCCCGAUUCCGUCGCUUCCGAGAUCUCAGUCAAGGAGGAACAGAGGGACGCCUUCUCCCCGCUCACCCCCGCCACCCCAAAUUCCGCCUCCGAUUACUCGUUUGACGACAUGCGCGGGUCGCACCUCCCGUCCUCAGGCGCCCUCGCCUUCUCCCCGCAUCCGCGCUCGUCCCAGCUCUACCUCACCCCACUCUCGCCCUUCUCCUCACCGUCCCGCGUCGCCGAGCAACGCCCCGCCAAAGACGAGUCCCUCGCGCUCUCCUCACCGUUCAUAUUCCCCGAAACCUCCCGCACGCCCUUCUCCACCUUCCCCCUGCCGCUCUCGCACCUCCCCCCCAAUUCUCUUUCCAGCCUCUCUCUCUGGGCCGACGGCAUGCAGCCGCUCACCGUCGACGUCGACCGCCUCGUCGACGCCUCCCGCUCUCCCGUACACCCAUCCGCAGCGGUGCGCGUCUGCCUCAACAUCAAGCUGUCCCUCGCCCCGCUCGACACGCCCGGCGCGCCAAUGCUCUACGGCUUCCAGGCCGCGCUCACGUUCGCCGCGCCGUGGACCUCCACCGCGCAGUGCAUCACCCGUGUCCACGGCGCCGACGGCUCGCAGCAGGAGGAGGUCGGCACAUUCGAGGCAUUGGCGCCUGGCGGCACCGCAGCCACGGCGGCGUCCUCGGGCGCGUCGCCGGCAGGCGGUGGGAACGCCAGCCAGCCUGUCGCCGCUCUGUUUCCAGAUUCGUGUCUUGCCCGAUGCAGAUGGCUGCCUGCAGGCGUCGAGACGCGCAUCACGCAGCAUGUCAUCGUCGACAACGAGGAGCUCGCGUACAUCGUGUACGAGCUUCACCGGCCGUUCGACGCCGUGCCCGCGGCCGAGUUUGUCGGGUUCAACAUGGAGUCCCGCACGCGGACCCCGCUGCCUCUGUCGCAUCGGCCCCAGCCGUCCUCCUCCUCCGUGGACCUCCUCUCCCCCGCCUCGUCGCUCUACCCCGUCAACUGGAGCUCGCCCUCGACGCCGUUCACCCCGCGCAUGGACGAGGCGCCGUUCUUCUCGUGUCCGCAGUCCAACACCGGCGCCCCCCUCCCGCACCUGUCCCCCUCGGACAUGGCGCACACGCACACGCCACAUUACUCUUAUCCCUCUUCCGCCCUGUUCUCGUAG